AUGACCGUACAUUCAACGUGGAAGGAUAAAGUUCAAUUGAAAAAAAACCAACUGAACAGUAAGAUAAAAGAUGAAUGGAAAUUAAACAGCGCAACUGUAUGGAGGUUGAGGAACGAUAAAAAAAAUUUAAUCAAGAAUAUUGAUGAUUUAUGUCCGUCUUCAGAGAAUCAAAUUACCCACUCCACGAUUAUGUCCUUAAGAGAGAGGCUGGGCACAAGAGAGUUAAGCUGCCAUGAAAUAACAUUUGCAUUUUGUCAUAGGGCUGCUUUGAUUCAUCAAGUAGUAAAUUGUUUAUCGGAAAUCAUGUUCUCGGAGGCAUUAAGAUUGGCUGAUUAUCACGACAAGAAUAGACCAGCCACAUUACCACCCUUGUACGGUAUACCAAUAUCUCUCAAAGACCAAUGUAAUGUCGAGGGAGUAGACACCUCAUUGGGUUAUUUAUCCCGAACCUUCAAACCAAAGACCAAGAAUGAAGAAUCAUUGAUUGUCAGUUUUCUGAGAGAUUUAGGAGCUAUAAUAUUCGUAAAAACCACCGUACCUUCUUCGAUGAUGGCUACAGAUACACAAUCUAAUACCUUUGGAUACACAUAUAAUAGUAUUAACUUGAGCUUCUCCAGUGGUGGGUCCUCUGGAGGAGAGGGUUCUUUAAUCGGUGCUCAUGGUUCUUUGUUGGGCCUAGGUACUGAUAUAGGCGGAAGUAUCAGGAUUCCUAGUAGUUACCAAGGAUUGUUCGGUUUGAAACCAACUUUCGGACGCGUUCCCUACUUGAGAGUGGAUAAUUCAUUCGAAGGAAGGGAGACAAUUCCCAGCGUAAUUGGGCCGUUGGCAAAAAACCUUUCGGAUUUAAGAUAUUUCAUGAGUUGUAUUAUCAAUACCUGUCAACCAUGGGUACAAGAUGUCAAGUGUAUUCCUUACCAUUUUGAUUCCACUACAAAAAAAUUACACGAUAAUUAUGUCGUUGCAAUAUGGUAUGGCGAUGGCGUUGUUGAUCCUCCGCCUAGUGACAUCAGGGCUUUAAAGACGUGCGAAGAUCUGGUUAAUAAAACUAAGGGAAUGAAGGCAAUUAAAUGGGAGCCUUCCAGUGAAUUGAGCAGAGAAUUGUUUGAUAUUGCAAAUGAAGCGGAUGUCGCUGACUCAGGUAACGAGAUAAAAGGCGAAUUCAAAGUUUCUGGAGAGCCCCUCUUGGAUAUUCUAAAACCAAUGGUUUUGGAAGACGGAAGGCCUCCAUAUACUGUUAAUGAAUGGUGGCAUUUGACCAAAAGAGUUUAUAAUGCACAACAAUCAAUGAGAGAUUAUUAUCUUUCAUUCCCAGAAUCAGAAAGACCUGACGUUAUUAUAUCUCCUACAACGCUGAUGCCGUUUAGGCCCGGUGACAUGCUAAAGACAACCUUACGGUAUAUUUUACUAUUUAACGUUUUAAAUUUCCCAUCUUUAUCUAUACCUGUAGGUAAUGUCAAUUGCCAAAUUGACGGGCUGAUGGAUGCUACUUCUUCACUCAAUCCAGAAGAUAAAAUGGUCAAGACAUACUGGAAUGGUUUAAUAAAGUCUGGUGAGAUAGAUGGGUUUCCAGUAGGCCUGCAGGUGGUUAGCCCUACGUUCAAUGACAGUGAAGUUUGUAAAUUUGCAUCUUGGCUUUUCAGCAAAAUAUAG